ACAAGGCGUUCCGGGGGAUAAAGGCAUCUUGAUUGACGGCAAUCCAACAUUUCGUUUCUUCCAAAGUCACUGAGCCGCCAAUGUCAACUCGGGCUUCAAUAGUGGCGCCUUGGACGGAUUGCUUCAAUCUUUGCUGGACCUGUUUGCUGGCGAACAAUGGUCGAACAACGGCAAAUCUUCAUCCUCUGAGGCGCACCAGGGCUCAAUUGGUGCAGGGUCGUGGCGCAAAUCGCAUAGACAGGAUCGCAUCAUUAAGGAGUAUCUCUACGACUACGAGAUUGGACAAGCGUCACACAAAUUUUGACCAUUUGACACUACAAAGGCAAAGAGCCAUUCGCCGAAAUUAUCAUGGAACCGCAAGAUUAAAUGAAUCAGCAUCACCAGGCCAGCGUCGACGUGGACCAAGGCAAGCUCGAAUUGAGCCAAUUCCCGAGACGCCUCAAUCAACAUUAAGCAUCCGCGAACGUUUAAAAUUAUGGGAGCAGGAACAUCCUCAGGACCUGAGCACUUCAUUUGCCUUCCCCAACGACACGCCGAAACCGUGGGACAUACAAAAUGUUCUUUCUCGAUCUUCAGAGAAUUCAGCGCCAGAGGAUGGCGAGGAAGCAUCUGAUGGGCCGGCCAGCUCGCUGGCCACCAUGCGCGACGGGGAGACGGUAGACGUUGAUAUCAAUGAAAUAUUCCUCAAACCGGGCGAUUUGGUGGAGCUACGAUCUGGUACAGAAACCACACUGGCAAUAUUGACCCAAGAGUUUGAUACGGAACUGCAGUUUUAUACUAUGCAGGGCAAGUGGCUGCAGCGACCGAAUAGGAAUAUCCACUUCUCUCAGCCGGAUUUUGUCUCAAUGGAUGUGGUUGAGCAGCUUCUCCAGUAUCUCCCAAACGCCGCUGUAGCAGAAGAAAUAAGGGACAAAGCAAUGAUGCUUGACGCCAAUGUCCCCCGAGAAGUCGGUGCUCCUGCUGUCCGCGCAAUGCUCUCUUUCUGGAACCAGGCAGAUAAAGUAUACAGAAAACACGCAAGUGUCUUGGAAGAGGCUCACAAUCUCUUGUCCCAUGAAACGAACAGCCGGGUUACGACAACACGCGAUGUGGCUGCGAAAUUACUCGGCGACGAGACUCCGUCGCAACCAACCCUCUAUGCAGUCCAUAGAACUCUAAGAGCGAACGAGUAUGGCUUCGGUCACGAUGUACGAAAUCACCGUGUCACGGGUGAAUUCCGAAUCAGGCCCAAGAGCGAAGUUCGGCUGGUUAAUACUGUCCGAGAAUGGAUUCGACAAUUUCAGGAACAGAUUGUUGCUGCUACUACAUCCGAUGAUAUAACUCGUGCCACUAUUUCCCAGAGGUCACCAGUCCAUGGAUUCGUUGCCAAAGCGCGCAAAUUAGUCGCACAAAGUCGAAAUAUGCGAAUCCCUAGAGAGCACGGUGUAGGCCCGCGGAUGCUAGGCCGGGAUGAUAAAGACACUGAUUCGACUCAAAGGGAUAGAUGUGUCUUUUCGAUUGAAUUCAGUGAGCAAGAGCAAAUGAUUAUCCGAUUUCUGGAAGCUUGGUGUGUCUCUCGUUCGUUUGCAAAUCACAGCUCUCUCCAGUCGAUCGGACCCAUGUUGAUACGGGCGGUGGGCUCGUACCAAGGAUUUGAUAUAGACCCGGGAACUGGCUUCCUUUUUCUACAGGAAAUUGGCGUCCUUGCACCAUGGGAAAACCGAAUCGUUUUCGACCCUCAACUUGGAUUGCCUGGCCACGGAAAUUCUGAGCAAGCUGAUAGAUUGGCUUAUCAGUCUCUGCGUACGAGGUCUUUGAGAGCGCGAGAUGCCAUGCAGGGUCUCCGCAAGGAUUGGGGCUCGAUGGAAGUUUACUGCAUUGAUGAUGCUGGCGCCAAAGAGAUCGACGACGGAUUUUCUGUCGAGUCCGUCCCAGGCACAGAGUCACAGUACUGGAUUCACACCCAUAUCGCAAAUCCAUCCGCAUUCAUUACUCCUUCUAGCACAAUAGGACAGUAUGCGGAAGUGCUCUCUCAAACUGUCUACUUCCCCGAGCGGACAUAUCCCAUGCUUCCUCCUCAAGUCACUGCUGCCAAUUUUAGUUUGGCCCCUGGUCGCCCGACCUUGACCUUUAGCGCACGUGUGGACGAGGGCGGAGAGAUAUUGGAAACCAAGAUCACAUCAGGAACCGUUCAAAAUGUCACGUUUAUCACUCCGGACAAACUUCGACAAGUUUUAGACAACGACACAGCAGCACAGCAGCCGCCAGAGACAAUCCUCACCGUUGGUGGACAAAUGCCACCGCCGUCAAGGGAAGGGCUGGACAAGGAACUGACCGCUUCUCAAAUCCAUGAGCUUAAGCUUUUGCAAGCAUUAGGUCAGGCAAGGCGUGACUUGCGCAAGAAGCGUGGCUUAAUCGCACUAAACAUUCCUCGACCUGGUGUCACGGUGCUCAACAACCAAUUCAAUCGAUUCUUCCGCAAUCCAAGUCUCAGGCAAAGUCGAUUCUUCGAGGAAGAUCCGAUCAUUGAAUAUCGUGCAAAGCAUUUUACACUGACAGAGCAGCCAGACUGUACAAAGAUGGUCGAAGACAUUAUGCAGCUGGCUUGCGAAGCUGCUGGUCAGUGGUGCAGUGACAGAAAUGUCCCCAUGCCUUAUCGCUGCACCGUCGCGCAUCCGGAUAGACAGGAUCCUGCAGACUUUCUCCAGAACGUACUCCCUCUUCUGGCUGACGAAGCAGGAAACGUGCCACUUGGCGCCGGCUUACAAUACGUCAAGCUUCUUCGAGCAAUCGUUUCUACAACGCCAGCGCCGCACAUGCUGCUCGGCGCCAAGAGAUAUGUCAAGGUCACCAGUCCGCUACGAAGAUUCGGCGACCUUUUGUCGCACUGGCAAAUCGAAUCUGCUUUGCGGUAUGAAGCCCGUGGUCACUCGCUUAUGAAUAACGAUGUCGAUCCAUUUCACCUAGCUUAUUCCAAGCUUGAGCUGGAUUGGAGGCUUCCUCGGAUUGGAACGAGGGAAAAGAUGCUUUCCCGUGCUGAAAGGAACGCAGACAGACAUUGGGCAAUCCAACUUCUGUAUCGUUGUUUUUACGCCCAAGAAGCCGACCUUCCAGAGACGUUUGAAUUCUACGUCUACAGUAAGGGUGCAGCGGCUUGGGCAGGACAUGUCAGCGGUUUCAUCAAAACGCUGGGUAUAGACGUCGAUAUGAUCGCUGCAGGGAUUGGCCAGAAUGCUAAUGUGGGUGAUUGGUGGGAGGUGCGCAUUCGAGACGUUGACCCGUAUCUUCGAAGGGUCGAUGUCGAGCCUGUGAGAUUGAUCAAAAGUGCUACAUGAAUCCAAAUUCUACGGAUACAUAUAGAUAUAGACUCAGGAAUAAUUGUAUAAUAUAAAAGAAAAUCUACACUUUGCGAG